CUGCAAUUCCAAAAAUCUGUUUAUCCUCAAUAAGUUUCGGUUCUGAUUUAUGCAGUGGAGCCAAGAGGAUAACUUGGUUUUGCUCCUACUUAUGUGAAUUUCUGAAGUGGAUGGAGAGAAAGAAGUCCAAGAAAUUCCCUAUAAGUAGGAGCAGAACCAAAGAACCCUUUAUAACCAAACUCAUGUGGGCGAAGUUUGUUGCACAGGUUUCUUUCCAAGUGAGUGCAUUGCUUUACCUAAACUUUCGUGGAGAGAGUAUACUAAAACUGGAGAACAAAAGUCUAGAUCAAGCUAACAAAGUCAAGAACACAGUUAUAUUCAAUUGCUUUGUCUUCUGCCAAGUAUUUAACGAGGUUGAAUGUCGAACUUCAUACCAAGGAAAUACAUUCAGCGGGAUCCUAAAGAACCAUUUGUUCCUUGGAACAAUUCUUUUAAAUGUUAUACUUCAGAUAAUCGUCAUAGAAUGCCUUGGCAUAUUCUUUUACACAGCCAGGCUUAACUUGAAGCAGUGGCUGAUCUCGAUUGGAAUCGGUUUUUUCAGUCAAGUCAUUGGUCGUUUUCCUUUCCAAGCAUUUCCUUACCUCCGGAACGAAGAUCAUAUAUAAGACAUAAAGGCUGAUAAAGAGCUGGAGAUGCUGUUAUCGAAAGAGAUUGAAGGAGAAUAACUCGGAAGCUGACGUGGACAAGAGUGAAGAA